AACAGGCCUAGCAUCACCCACCAAACAUUCUCGCCCGUACGUAGACGAUCAGUGACGAAGAAGAGCAGCAGUGUAGAUCACCGCUGUCUCGUCUCACUACAUUCUCUACUUGACACUCCUCCACCAUGAUCCGCCCCAUCUCCCUCUCGCGUCGCACCCUCACCUCAAGCAUCUUCUUCGCCACCUUCUUUGGUUCAGUCCUUACCGUUGCUGCCUCGACUCUCCUGCCAUGCCCGGCCCGAAGGGGUGGAUACAAGUUGAAGAGAAAGGCAGGAGAGGCGGAUAAGGGAGGCUUUACAGCAAUUAUGGCGUAUGCCAUCAACACCACUCUUGAAAGCCUUAAGGGGGCUGUCCACAUCCCGGGGGUCUGACGCCUCGACAAGAGCGCCGCAAGCUACCCUCGAGCUCAAGACACAUUCUCGAAUGAGGGCAACCUUUGCUCGACACACGUUGAAAGAUAUACCCUCCUCGAGACAAGCCGGUGCAACAUU